AUUGUUCCCUGGGUUCAGGCCGUGACACGGCGCCUUUCCGUAGCAGCUGUGGACCUGCACUGCGUUACCCCGCAGUCUGCUUUCCUGGGGGAGCAGUGGGGACUGGGGAAGACGGACGAGGCAGGGAAGUGCCAAGGCAGUGCCUCCUGCGGUUUCAGGUGCCAGCGCUGUGCGAGGAUGCCGGGGCCAGUUUGCCGGAGCAGGGGAGCUCAGACAGCCGGCAGAAGGAGCUCUACAGGAUCGCCAUGAAGGGGAAUUACGAGGCUGUGGCAUCUCUUGGGCCCGGGGACACCAGCUCCAAACCUGUUCUGCUGCCGCUGGCUGAGGACAGGGAGGAUUUGGGUACGAGGACCCACGGGCUGCCGGAGAAGGGAGCGAUGCCGGGGCACCUCAGUGGCGCAGGUGAGAAGAUAGUGAUCAAGACAGAAGAGCAGCAGCCCCAGGAGGAAGCAUCUGAAAUCCUGGCUCUGCCACGGGCACCCUCGGUGAGACUGGAAGAGGCGGUUCCCCUGAGCCGGGAGCAGCCGGUGCCCUGGGAGAGCCACGCUGGCUUGGAUGGACAGAAGGCAACAGGAGAGGGCUUAGGGGAGUUCUGCAAACACGGGGCUGCCCAGCCUGAAGUCAAGCCCAUGGUGGUGCCGGUGGAAGCUCACCCUGCCCCGGGCUUGCCCUUUCCAACAGAGCACGUGCUCGGCAUGGGGACUGGCCAGCCGUUUGCCCUGACUCAGGGAAUGCCGCUGGGAGAAGAGACCACCACAGAGGUGGCCUCAUCGCAGCCCAGCUUAGAGGGUCCCUGCGCCAUGGGGGAAGAGCCCCGCGUGCUCCCACUGGGAUGGAAGAGCGUCCGGCUGAAGCGCAACCUCCUGGCGCGGCAGCAGAGCCAGGCGAGGAAGAGCAACGGCUCCUUCAUCUGCACAGCCUGUGGGAAAAGCCUGGCCCACCACGCCGCGCUGCUGCGGCACCAGCGCCUGCACACGGGCGAGCGUCCCUUCCAGUGCCCUGCCUGCGGGAAGAGCUUCAACGAGAAGUCCAACCUCAACAAGCACUACCGCAUCCACACCGGGGAGCGUCCCUAUCGCUGCCCCGCCUGCGGCAAGGGUUUCAUCCAGAAGCACCACCUCCAGAAGCACCAGCGCAUCCACGGGGUGCAGCUGCGGGGUGGGUGGGCAGGCCGGCCCGCGCGGGCCAGCGCUGCCGGGGAGCGGCUCUACCGCUGCAUCGAGUGCGCGGAGACCUUCCCCCAGAAAGCGUCGCUGGAGGAGCACCAGCGCCGGCACACCCAGCAGCGGCCCUUCCAGUGCAAUGGCUGCAGCAAGAGUUUCCGGCACCGGCAGUCUCUGAACCACCACCAGAAAGUCCACGCCGUUGCCAGCUCUCCUGCCACCAGCUUAUCGAACCACGACCGGGAGCUGAAGACCAGCCCCUGCAAGGCUUUGACCCAGGAUAAUCCGUAGCACGAGGGCUGGAGAAGGGAAGGUGCGGCGUUUCUCCAGGCUGCUCCGCAGAGGUGCACCAGCCUGCGACGAUGGGGCACGCCAGGAAGCUGGUGUUGCACUGCCGCAGGGCUCGUUGCACCACCGAGAGGCUCUCCAUGAUGCCGUGGGGCUCUCUGCACUGCCAUGGGGCUCUGCACCACCUGGGUCUCGAGGAGGAGGAGGAUGGAGGCAGGCUGAUGUGCUGCACAGGCAUGGAAAUGCGCAGGGGGUAAAGGAACUGAGAGGCAGCAGAGGAAGUUCAGUGCCCGGGGCCGAGCCAGGUUGUGCCGCUGCCCCGUGGAGGGGGGAUUCGGCUGAGGAGCAGCUGUAUUGGGUACGGCGGAGUGGGGGGUGGAGUGGUUGAACUCAGGGUUAUUUAAGCACUACCAGCGUGGAGGUGGCGUGGGGGCA